AUGAAUGGAAAGCAGGCAAGUGUUAAACGUGGCUUUAGGUCACAUCUGACACGACCUUCAAUCUUACGAAGUUCGCGAAAUAUUCCAUCUUAUCUUACUCAUCGUGACCCGAAUGUUGAACAUCGGCGUGUACAUAAAGAUGAUAGUGAUGAGAUCAUUCCUAAAAAACGCCUGGAUUUGAAUUUGGAAGAUAGAGAAAAUGAGAAUUCAAAAUGUCGAUUUGAUGCACUCCCGUCAAGAAGUCGAUGGCUUCCUACACAAGCCUGUAAAUUUCAAGUGUAUUGCGAUGAUAAUCAACAUCCACAAACUUCAUGCGUGGUGGAUUCCAAGCAAAAUAGUAAUUAUCGAAAGCAGGAAGAAGUUGGAGCAUGUUGCUCCUUUCAAUCUUCAGGAUUGCAGAGAAAUACUAAAUUUACUUGUGAGCAUCCAGAUUCAAACGAAGAGCAGUCAUCUUCUGAUGAUAAUUCAUCAUCAUCAUUCGAUAGGAAUUUCGAAUCUGAUAGUAACUCUGAUUUUAUUCAGGAUGAAAACAUUCAUCCAGGAACUAGUAGUAAUCAAAAUAUCUUACCUUGGUGCCGAAAAAUUGGCUUCCAAAAACGAUCUCACCAUGUUCAUUCAUUAAAUUUGCGUUCUGCUUCAAGAUUACCUGAAGGUUCAUGUACUAGUAGGAGUAGUUCUGGAGAAAUUAAUGGGGAUGUUAUUAGUGUAAGUUACGUAUACUGUGAAGAUAUGUAUAGAUAUAAGCGAUAUUUGGAAUUGGAACGACGGAUUACAGGAAUUUAUUUAAUGCGUCAAGACAGAGUGCUAACGAGUACAAUGCGAUAUGAUGUGAUUAAUUGGAUGUGUCAAGCAGGAGAACAACUUGAAAUAGGCUUGCAUACUUUUCAUUUGGCAGUUGCGGUUUUUGAUGGAAUGAUGGAAGCAUCACCAAAGUUUCCUUCAGAACAUAUCCAAUUACUUGCUGUUUCAUGUUUGCUUAUUUCAUCGAAAUUUCAAGAUACUAUUUCAACAGAUGUAAAACAGUGUGUGAAAGUUACGAAUGGUUUAUAUAAUGAAGUUCUGAUAUUAAAAAUGGAGCGAUUGAUAUUUGCAACAUUAAAUUUCAAUAUGCUGCUACCAACUUCAUAUUGGUUUGGUUGGCGAUUAAUAAGAAGAGCAAAAUUUGCAAGAGUUGCUUGCGAAUUAAUGUAUUAUUUUCUAGAAUUAGCUUUAUUGGAUUCUUCAUUUCUCCAACUCAGGCCUAGCAUGAUUGCAGCUUCUUCAUUUUACCUCGUUUUAUUGGUACAUAAAUUACAGUAUUUUAUUGCUAUGUUAGAUUCAGAUAUUGAUCCUGAAGAACUUAUUGUUCCAGCCAAGAGAUUACUAGCCCUUUUUCAUGAAGCUCCAGUAAAGGAGAAUUUUAUUUUUCUAAAAUACGGGACAGCAAAACAUGAAUGGGUCUCAUUAUCAAAACUUCCAAUAGCUCUCUCUCCAAGCAGUCAGUGUUCAACUGUAAUUUAUUGUAAUGAAUUGGAUACUGAAACAGAUGAAGGAACUUCGCAUCGUGCCAAUCAUCUUUACAUUUUGCAAGUCAGAGAAGGAUGA